GCCCGGCCCGGCCCUGCGGCGCUCAGUGGCCCCGGCGGCGCGCAGGCAUGGAGGCAUCUCUCGGCGCCCCGCGCCCGGCUUGAGCGCGGCGGCCGGAACGAGCCGCAACCCCCUCGGCGCCGCAUGGAGCCCUAGGCCGCGGCCACCAUGUUCAGCCCGGACGGGGGGCUGCCGGCCGCCCCAUUCGGCCUUCUGCCCGACGGCGGCCCGCCCUUCCCGCGCGGAGGCUACGACGGCGCGGCCGCGCAGCAGCUCUUCUUCCCCUUCGCCUCCGAGCCCGACGGCGCCCGCGACGCCGCGACGGCCCGCGCCUGGCUGCCCCCUCCCGCGGGGCCGCCCGCCAAGGCGGAGGCGCGUCCGGCCCGGCCCUGCCGCCAAGGCUCCCCCGAGCCCCGCGCCGCGCCGCCCGCCACGCCCUGCUGCGGCCCCGCGUGGGCCUCGCCGCCCUGGCCCGGGCCCGCGCCCCCCGCGGCCACCGCCGUGCCCGGUCCGCCCUUUCCCGGCCCCGCGGCCGCCGCUUUCCCCGCCGCGCCCGGCCACGCGCUGUGCCCAGCCGCCCUGCAGCCGGGCUCCGGCGGCCUCGCCAACCUGGGCAGCAGCGGCAGCUCCAGCGGAGCCGCCAGCGAGGGCGGCCACUCCAGCGACAGCGGAGACGAGGAUGCGCCGACCUCAGAGGAACUGGAACAGUUUGCCAAGGACCUCAAGCACAAGCGCAUCAUGCUGGGCUUCACGCAGGCUGACGUGGGGCUGGCUCUGGGCACGCUCUAUGGGAAGAUGUUCAGCCAAACCACCAUCUGCCGCUUCGAAGCUCUCCAGCUCAGCUUUAAGAACAUGUGCAAGCUGAAGCCGCUGCUGCAGCGUUGGCUCAACGAGGCAGAGAACACGGACAACAUGCAGGAGAUGUGCAAUGCAGAGCAAGUGCUGGCCCAAGCCCGGAAGAGAAAACGUAGGACCAGCAUUGAGACCAACGUGAAGGGAACACUGGAGAGCUUCUUCCGCAAAUGCGUGAAGCCCAGUCCUCAGGAGAUCUCCCAGAUUGCCGAGGACCUCAACCUGGACAAAGACGUUGUCCGGGUCUGGUUCUGCAACCGGCGUCAGAAAGGCAAGCGGCUGCUGCUGCCCUUUGGCAACGAGUCCGAGGGGGUGAUGUACGACAUGAACCAGUCCCUGGUGCCCCCUGGUCUGCCCAUCCCAGUGACAUCCCAGGGCUACAGCCUGGCACCGUCCCCCCCCGUCUACAUGCCACCUUUCCACAAGGCUGAGAUGUUCCCCCCGCCUCUGCAGCCCGGGAUCUCCAUGAACAACAGCAGCCACUGAACAGCAGUGGGGGGCAGGCAGCGGUGCACGCAUCCAGAGGCAGCGCCCCCCCCCAGCCCUUCCCUGCCAUGUGAGCGCUGUCCCAGCAGCGGCCCUGUGUGGGGUCAGCCCCUCCUGGCUCCCCCCUCCCUGUUACCUGCCUGGGGCCAGGGGGAGCCGCCUGUGCCAGGCCCCAGCCGAGCUCCUCUCCUGCGAGAACCAGAAAAAAGCAUUUCUUAAAUUGUUUUGGGGGUUGGGGGAGGGGGAUUUGUUGUUUCUGGGUUUGGUAUUUUUUUUAAUGGUUUUGAUUGUAUUUCUAGUUUUUGAAAGGUGAAAAUAUCUUUGUAGUGAUGGCUAGUUUCCCAGCUGCCUCCUCCCUGCCGUGUAGAGCAGGGCUGGGGUGCUGCGGGGCGGGGGGGCUCCUGCAGGCUCUGCGCCUGUCCGGGCAGCCGGGGGGAGCCGAGGGCCGUGAUGGUGCUGGGGGAGCCCGGCAGUCCCCACCCCCCUGCCCACAGCACAGGAGGAAGGGUUGUGUUGCACCCACUGUGGGCAGAGUAGGGGGCAGGGAAGGCUGUGAGCCCACAGUGUCACCAUGGAGCCAGUGGGGCUGACACCAUCCUGUCCAUGCUGCUAGCACCCCGUGCCUUUGAGCCUGCUGUAGUUGAUGAUUUAUUUUUUUUUCCUUUAAUCAUAUUCCCUCUGGCAAUUAAAUAAAUCUCAGUGUUUUGGGGCACGAGAGCUAGUCAGCCCCUUCCUUUCUUUGCCUUUCUUUGCAAGGCCGGUCCAGCUGUGCGUGGUGUGGGUGGGCUGAUGUCUGUGUCCUGGCAGGAGCUCUGCAGAACGGCAGCAUUCCAGAUUGCAGCAGAGCUGCUGCUUCGUGCUGCCCCAGGCUGCUUGGGUCGGUGGGUGCUGGCCCUGGGGCUGCCCUGUGCUGUGGGACCAAUAACCCGUGCACAGCUCCAGGGCUGGGUUGCAGAUCAGUGGGAGCACACCGUCUUUUCCUCUGCAAAAGCAGACAUGUUAAGGAAUAUGUGUGUGUAUGGAGUGGGAGGGGGUCACUUUCCACACCUACA